AUGGAAGGUGAAAAUCAGUUGGUGACGUUGGAUGAAUCCAUGGUAAAAGUGGUGAUGACUGAAGUCAUGAAGAAUUUUAAGAUGUUGCAAACGAAACGAAGACGUUAUCGACCACGCUUAUGCUACGUAUGUCAAUGCCCAGGAUAUUUGGCUCAAUCAUGUCCAUCCCAAAAUGAUAGUGGUAGAAAGAAGAUUGAUGACAAUGAUAUAAGGAAAGUAAUGGUUAGUUCGAUAAGUGGAUAUGAAAAAUGUCAAACUGAUGUUAUAAAAUUUAAGAACCCAUCUGAAUCGAAAGAUGUAAACUCAAUCAAAUAUGCUGAAAAGUCCAAUAAUGAAAAAGGAUCAAAGUAUGAUCUUGAGCUGAUAAAUGGAAUUAAUGAUAGUGCUAACAACAUACGAUACAAUGUGAAAACUGUCACUAAUGUUGAACGAGUGAUGAGUGAAGUAAUAAUACCCAUGGCUGUGAAUAAUGGAAUAACAUUAAGAAGAGGAAUGAAUUAUGUGAAAUCUGAUGACAAUUGGAAUCCAGAACAAAUAUUAGACGUAUUGGAUCAAAUGAAAAAAAGAGGAUUCUAUGAUUGUAUCUACUUAGAUCAUACGAUCAGCUGCGAUGGUGUGGAGUAUAUGAUAUUUGGAAAUCGAAUUGACAUGCGUUUGGGCUUAAAACAAUAG